AUGCACCGCAGCACAGAAUACGGCACGGCCAUCCGACUUGGCCCAAACGAGGUCCACAUAUACGACCCACGGUUCUACCACCAGCUCUACUCGCUCAACACCCGCUACUACAAAGACCCUCUCAUGCACAAGGUCCUCGGUGCUCCCAGCUCCACCCUGGCCGAGGUAGAUCCCGUCGCGCACAAGAGGCGUCGUGGACAGUUGGAGUCUCUGUUCUCCCGACAGUCCAUCCUCAAGCUCGAACCCAUGGUCAUGGCGAAGAUCGACACCUGUUGCGAACGUUUCGACGACAGGUAUAACGAGGGCCGACCCGUGCCGGUGGAGUGGGCGCUCAAGAGCCUUAGCCUGGACAUCGUGUCGGAGUUCGUCUUUGGGAAAAGCUUCGGUGCUCUAUACGAUGACGACUUCAAGAGCGCACCGAUCCAGGUGUUCCGUGCAUACUUGCAUAGCCUGCACGUUAUCAAGGCGUUCCCCGUCGUACGCAUACUCUCGGAAAGUUUGCCCCUGUGGCUGGCAAGAGUUGUUUCGAAGACUGUUGCUCAAGGCAAGGAGCAGGAGAUAUUUACUCGGCGCCGAGUCGACGACUUUGUCACGGCGUACGACGGUGGCACCAAGCCAGAGUUUCCCACCGUGAUGGAGCGGAUGCUUACUGUGGAUCCCGACAAGAGAAAUUUCUUGCGUGCCUCUCACGAUAGUUUACGUGAUGAGGCAUUGACCAUGAUAUCGGCGGGAACCGACACUACAGGGAUAUCAGUCAUGGUAGGUCUAUUCAACGUCAUCCGCCACGAGGCCAUCCACACCAGGCUGCUUUGUGAGCUCAAAUCCGUGCUGCCAAGACCGACAGACACGGCACCGUACACAGUCAUCGAGAAACUGCCCUAUCUCACGGCUGUCAUCAAAGAGAGUCUGAGAUAUGCCAGCCCAGCUGCAAGUCGCACACCUAGGCUGGUGCCCAAGGGCGGUGUGACACUGCCAGACGGGCGCUUUUUGCCUCAAGAGACGCGUGUCGGCAUGGCGAUAUACCAUAUUCAUUACAACAAAGACAUAUUCCCUGAACCCGGCCUCUUCAUUCCUGAGCGAUGGCUGGAGACUGAGCAAAGGGGCAACACGGCGGAGCGCCUCGCCGAGAUGAAUCAUUUUCUUGUGCCCUUCAGCAAAGGUACCCGCGCCUGCCUGGGUAUCAAUCUAGCGUAUAUGGAGCUCUACCUCAUAUUGGCCUACCUCAUUCGACGGUUUGACUUCCAGACGGAUACGACCGAUGCUGAUAUGCGCUGGGAUGAUAUGGUGGUGGCCUGGUUCCAUGGCGAAUUCACUUUCACAGCAAAGAGAAGAGCAGAUUAG